AUCUUCUCUGGAGUCAUUUUUUCCACCUCAGCAGUGGAGAAGAGAUUGCAGUCUUGGUGCAGAGAACGCUUGGUGAGAGGUAGCGCUGACAGAGCUGCCUGGAGGUGGAAAGUUUGAUUCUUUGGGAGUUCUUUUACCACUCUCCUGAAAUGUCUGAGCUUUUCUUACCCAAGAUUAAUAUAAAUGCAGCCUUAGUUCACUUAUAAUUGUGAUAAAGUUUAUAUAGCACAAUUUCUGUAGAUAGGUGGCAGGUGGUGGGAGGGGAAUGCAAGUACUGUUUAUCCUCUGGAUGGUGCUGUUGUUUUGUGCAAAUAGCAGAGGUCCUGAAUAGCUCCAACUCCAACCUCAGGAUGAGUAUUUGUUGGCUCAGUCAAGUGCACCAAGUUAGCUAAGAGUCACUGGAAUAAAAGUUUGUUGUCAAGAGGACUACUUGUGUCUGAAGGAAGAAGACUUCUGUUUCAAGGAGCACUGCAUGAAAAUUGUAGGUUAAGUGUUGCCAGUUACUCCUCCUGUGUGGGCUGGGUUUCCUUGAUCUGCAGCAAAGGAUUCCUGCGUCAUAUCCACUGUCCUUGUGGUAGGAUAGAGCCACAUGGCAUUAAUGAAGAAGCAAAAUAGUAAGGAAUAUGAAUCCCAGUCACCCUGAAGCAGGGGAAGUGGCAUUCUGAAGGCUUGUUUCUAGGAGGAGAUUGUAUAUUUCUGCUAUAUUCAGGCUGCCUUAGUCCUUCUUCCCCCUUGUGCGUAGACCAUGCCAGUUCCAACAACCCUACCAUUGCAUUGUGAAAUUAACAGUGCUGUGAGUGGGAUAAUGAGACAGUUCCCUAAAACGUCCUGAGGAAAUUGCAUACUGUCCUGUACAACCCUGUUGUCUUCUGUAAUUUGUCAGCACAGUGGAGGUGGAGAAAUUGCUGUGUGGUUUUACACCUAAUUCAUACAACUGUAGGAUCCCUCACGCUGCCCCUGAGGUCCUCUGGAGACUUUGGUUGCAAGCAUUCUCCCCUGUGUCUGAUCUUACAGACAGCGUCUGCAUUGGAGAGCAAAAUGAGGGCAGGAAGUCUGAUGUCGAUGCAGUGGGAAUAAAACUUCAACAGAGAGAAAUUUCUGUGUGAUACAAAGACAUAAAAGAAAAUCCUGCACUAUAGAUUCGUUACUUCGAGAAAAAGCCUUCUGGGAAGCAGCCAACACAGCAAUAUUCUGCCUGGGAUGUGACGCAGCUGCACGAUGUGAAGAUCCUACAGAUGGCACUGUCAGCCACGCUGCCCCUCCAGGCUUGUCUGAAGAAGUGUGUGGUGCUGGAGCAUGGCUGACGGCGUUGUUCCAGCAAAGAUCAUGUUUCAGAACCAGCUGAAGGAAAGACAGUAAUUUAAUUUGCAAGUGCUUUCAGACAAAUUACGUAAAUGCUAUAAACCUAACUGCUUGUUCUGUACUACUGAAUGCUCAGACUGCCAUAAAGUUUCACAGCACUCACAGUUAAAUUAUCAGAAGAGUUAUUUUCUCAAGUUCUUAUUUUCACUGAGUCAUGGAAUCAUUUGGGUUGGAAAACACCACUGAGAGAGUGGAAUUUAUUAGGAAGAAAUGCAGUUACUGCUGAUGUAGCUACAGGGACUGCCUGCAGAUGCUAGGAUGCAUCAGUUGGGACAAGCUGUUCGUGGACCCAAGUUCAUCCAUGCCCUGUAUCAGUGUUGAAGUAGCAUCACUGGCAUUUUCUGUCUACUCAGUGACCAUUGUGAAGGGAUGGGGCAAGAGUUCAGCCCCAAAAAGGGACUGGUCCUGGCCGUGGCAGUGGAGGAAACUUGACAGGGAGCUCAAAAAGAACGGCUGGAGAGUGCAAACUAUCUGUGUGCCAUCUGUCUGUGUGACAGCUCAGAGCCAAAGGACGUGUUCCUGAACCAGUCUGUGACAACCCUGCCUGUGCUACAGGAGUUGGAACUGGAUGAUCUUCAAGGUCUGUUACAAGCCAUUCCAUGUUUCUCUGACUGCAAGUGUGGCUGCUCUUGUACUUCACACCAAUGCUCCCAGUGAUGCCUCCACCAGAUUAGAGGCAGCUCAAGAUUUACCAAAGCAUCUCACAUAUGCUACAAGUGGACGCCCAAGAUCAGCAAAGCUCAGACUAUUCUGCUAAUGGGAGCAUUUUGAAGGUUGGUUUGGAGAGAAACGCUACGUGGCUCGAACGGAAUACUGCUGUGAGCACACCUAGUUGGGAAGGGAAGAAAGAGCAGAAGGAAACAGUGAGACCAGUUGCCAGGGUGGAAGAAGGCAAGGAGAAGGUGACUGUGAAACCAUUCCCUGAGGUGGUGGGAAUCAAGAAUACAACAGCAUCAACAGCCUCUGUAGUGGAGAGAACAAAGGAGAAAACAACAGCAAGGCCAGAUCAAGGGGUAGAGGAAGCUGAUGGAAAGAAAACAGUUCCCAGGAUGAAGGGAGACAAAGAGAAGGUGACUGUGAAACCAUCCUUUGGGAUGAAGGUGGUGCAUGCAAACAGCACAUCCAAAGACAAACCAAAGGCAGAAGAGCCUCCUGUGUCGGUGAAAACCAUAAGACCUGUGACUCAGGCUGCCACAGUGACAGAAAAGAAGAAACUGAGGGCUGCUGAUUUCAAGACUGAGCCUCAGUGGGAUUUUGAUGAUGAGUACAUACUGGAUAGCUCAUCUCCAGCAUCGACCUGCUCUGAAUCAGUGAGAGCCAAGGCUGCCAAGUCUGACUGGCUGCGAGAUCUUUUCCUGCCAAACAUCACACUCUUCAUAGACAAGAGGUAUUUCAAUGUCAGCGAGUGGGAACGCCUGGAGCAUUUUGCACCUCCCUAUGGCUUCAUGGAGCUGAAUUACUCACUGGUAGAAGAAGUCAUGUCACGCCUGCCCCCAAAUCCCCACCAGCAGCUGCUCCUGGCCAACAGUAGCAGAAACGUGUCAACGUGCAUCAGCUGUGCCGUUGUGGGGAAUGGAGGGAUACUGAACAACUCUGGAAUGGGCAAGGAGAUCGACUCCCAUGACUACGUGUUCCGGGUGAGUGGAGCUGUCAUCAAAGGUUACGAGAAGGAUGUGGGAACAAAAACCUCCUUCUAUGGAUUCACAGCAUUCUCCCUUGUGUCCUCUCUCCAGAACUUGGGACGCAAAGGGUUCAAUAAGAUCCCGCAGGGGAAGCAUAUCAGGUACAUUCACUUCCUGGAGGCAGUUAGAGACUAUGAGUGGCUGAAGGCUCUUCUGCUGAACAAGGAUAUCAGGAAAGGAUUCCUGAACCGCUAUGGGCAAAGGCCCCGGGAGAGAUUUGAUGAAGAUUUCACGAUGGAUAAGUACCUGGUAACUCACCCUGAUUUCCUCAGAUACUUGAAAAACAGGUUCUUGAAAUCUAAAAAUCUGCAGAAGCCCUACUGGCGGCUGUACAGACCCACAACAGGAGCCCUCCUGCUGCUGACUGCCCUGCACCUCUGUGACCGGGUGAGUGCCUAUGGCUACAUCACAGAAGGUCACCAGAAAUACUCGGAUCACUACUAUGACAAGGAGUGGAAACGCCUGGUCUUCUACAUUAACCAUGACUUCAACUUGGAGAAGCAGGUGUGGAAAAGGCUUCAUGAUGAGAACAUCAUGAAGCUCUACCAGAGACCCUGACUGUGUGGAGAGGGCCGUUGCCUGGAAAAUCUCAACAGCACCUCACAGGGAACAGAAGAGGACCUCAGAAGCCAGGGUUAGCACUGCAAUUCCAGGCCCAGCUUCAGCUGCACAGAGAUAUUUCCGUCCUUUGGUAUCUUUAGUUUCUCACAACACUUCCUAAAACAUGCAUAUUCUACAGACCAAGGGAACAGAAGGGAAAAGUGCCUCCAAACAAGUCCCACCUGACUUGUGGAUGGUUGUAUGCUCUGGUGCUGGGAAAGAGAAAUCCAGGAUGAAUCUGAAUAGCAGAGAUUCCAGUGCCCAUUAUCUUAAUCAGAUUCUCCCUCUGCAAGGAGAUGGUUAGGGGCUAGUUUUGCUGUAGGUGGGUUCUCUCUGUGAGCAGUGCUCUUUGUGGAGCUGGGUGUUUUUGAUAAGCAGUGGAUAGAAAAGGGGACACGGACCAUCCUGUCUCAAGGGGAUGAUUUGUGUCCUGGAAGUGUUCUUGUUGCUCUGCUCCCUGCAGACAUAAAGACUGAACUCUUAACUUCCAAAUGCAUCUCAGUUCCCAGUGUGACUUUGCUGUGACACCUCCUGGGGAGCACUGUGAUGUCUGGUGCCCAGCCUGCUGACCUUGGCCUACUUCACCAUCAGCACAAGGGAAGGGGAGAGCUCUCCAGAGUGCAGCAGGAUGCUGGACAUUGUGCCUCUUGCUGUGGGGCUCCCCUGGCUGCUGACUGCAUGUAGUGAGUCUGGUGCAGAAGCUGGUGCUUGGCUAUGCCAGGAGCAUGGUGCUUCCUCUCCUACCGGGAGAAAUGAGAGUUCUCAAUGUCCAGGGAUGGAUGCUGUCUGUCCUUGCUGCUGAUUGGAGUGCCUGCCUAUGUUGUGCUGAGAAAAGCACUGUUGCAGCCAGCAAGCCUUUGGAGUACUGGCCUUCUGAGUGGGCUUUUGCAAACAAAAUAAACGGCACUGCUUUACCCAAGCUGAUUUCCAUUGCAGCCCUUUGAGAUGCGGUUUGUAUCUUGUAUCUCAGUCACCCCCCAGAGUCCACGGAGGGUUUUGCUGCUGCACCCACAGGCUCUGUGCCCUGCAGUCCUGUGCGUGGCUGCUGCCCCGAGUCUAGGGGCUCUGGGUGGGCAGGGAGGCAGCUUUGUUCCUUGCCCAUGCAUUGCUGUGGGUUGCUUGGUGACCGGCUCCACUGGGUAUUCUUCCCUUCUGAAUAGGGCUUUUCUCCUCCCAAGAAGUUGGAAGAAGUUCCUUUCAAAAGAAAGAAACUCCCUUCCCCCUCUUCCUCUUUUGUCUCCCUCUUUUCUGGGAAACAGGGCAGGGCUGAGCCCUGCUGAGCAAACGAGGAGCCCAGCCUUUGGGAUGGGCUGGCAGCCCCCAGCACCCAUCUCCUCUGCAGCUGAGGGUCCCUGGAGUCAAGGAGAGGGAA